GUUUUGGAGAUGUGAAUACAAAGUCCCUUUUUGAUUUUUGGACAGCAUAACAUAUAAAGCAGAUAAGAGCGAUAGAGGCUCGGGCAUCUCUCUCGAAUGGAGUCAACACUGAACGCGAGCACAUCGACCACAUUGGCUCUGCUCACCGUUACGAAAGCCCUGAACCGCCGACUUUGCAAGAUCUUUCCGAGUCAUCAACCCCUCGCGAGUCGAUUGAUAGCUCGCAGGCUCACUUGCAACUACGGCGGCUUUCAUAGGCAGAGGCCUUUCUCUUCAUCGACGCCGAGAAGGAGCCUCUGCGUGGUUGAUCCUCCGACGCGGCGUCGUUUAGAGUGCGUUGCGAGCAACCAUGCGUCAUUUGCUUCCGGCGGUGGAAAUGGUGGCUUCGGCGGCGAGAGUGGUGGCAGCGGCGGCGAUGGUGGAGGUAGUUCGGACGGUGGCGAUUCCAAGUCCAAGGUCGUUGCUUCUGGGGGCGAUGACGUCUCGGCCGUCUCGACUGAUGUCAUACUGCUCGAUGUUGGAGGAAUGACAUGUGGGGGAUGUGCAGCAAGUGUGAAGCGAAUUCUAGAAAGCCAACCACAGGUGUCAUCUGCUAGUGUAAAUCUUACGACUGAGGUGGCAAUUAUCUGGCCUGUGUCUGAAGCCAAGCUCUCACCAAACUGGCAAAAGCAGUUGGGAGAGACACUUGCAAACCAUUUGACUAAUUGUGGUUUCAAUUCUAACAUUCGUGCGUGCCGGGUUAAGUGGCAGGUCAGGGAGCUACACAAGGAGAUAUAUCACCAUAGAACUGCAAAACAUUUCUUGUCAGGAUCAACCAUAAUUCUUUAUGAUUCAGGAAGAAACAGUUUUCUUAAGAUGUUUGAAAGGAAAAUUGAAGAUAAGCGCAAACGCCUGAAAGAAAGUGGUCAUGAGCUUGCUUUCUCUUGGGCUCUAUGUGCUGUCUGCCUAGUUGGUCAUCUUUCUCAUUUCCUUGGAGCUGAGGCUUCAUGGAUCCAUGCUUUUCAUUCAACAGGAUUCCAUCUGUCUCUAUCUUUAUUCACAUUGCUUGGUCCUGGGCGUCGGCUUAUCCUUGAUGGUUUGAAGAGUCUUGUUAAAGGGGCUCCAAACAUGAACACUUUAGUUGGUCUUGGGGCUUUAUCUUCAUUUACAGUCAGUUCAUUAGCUGCCUUUAUACCAAAGCUGGGUUGGAAGACUUUCUUUGAGGAACCAAUAAUGUUGAUAGCAUUCGUGCUGCUGGGGAGGAAUCUUGAACAAAGAGCUAAAAUCAAAGCAAGCAGUGAUAUGACUGAGCUUCUUAAUAUUUUACCAGCAAAAGCUCGUCUUCUGGUCAAUGAUGGUGUUAAAGAGUCGGAAACAAUAGUUGAAGUUCCAUCUAACAGUCUCUGUGUAGGAGAUCAAGUUGUUGUAUUACCUGGAGACCGUGUUCCAGUAGAUGGAAUUGUUAUAGCUGGUAGAAGUACCAUUGAUGAGUCAAGUUUUACUGGAGAGCCAUUGCCUGUGACCAAACUACCUGGGAGUCAAGUUGCAGCUGGAAGUAUAAAUCUCAAUGGAAGUCUUACUAUUGUAGUGCAGAGACCAGGUGGUGAGACUGCUAUGGCAGACAUUGUUCGUCUAGUAGAAGAAGCACAGAGUCGGGAGGCUCCAGUCCAGCGUCUGGCUGACAAGGUAUCUGGGCAUUUUACAUAUGGAGUAAUGGGACUCUCUGCGGCUACAUUUUUGUUCUGGAGUUUGAUUGGUGGACGUAUUUUACCUGCGGUUCUUCAAGGAGGAAAUUCAGUUUCUUUAGCAUUGCAACUCUCUUGCAGUGUUCUGGUUGUUGCUUGUCCAUGUGCCCUUGGGCUGGCUACACCUACAGCUGUGCUGGUAGGAACUUCAUUAGGAGCCACAAGAGGACUGCUUUUGCGUGGUGGAAAUGUUUUAGAGAAGUUUUCGAUGGUGAACACUGUAGUAUUUGAUAAAACAGGGACUCUGACAAUGGGCAAGCCAGUUGUGACAAAAAUUUUGACUCCCAAACAUGCAGAAGUUACUGACGUAGAAGAAAAGUCGAACCAUACUUGGUCAGACCUUGAGGUUCUCAAGUUUGCUGCUGGAGUAGAAUCAAAUACAAUUCAUCCUGUUGGGAAAGCUAUUGUGGAAGCCGCUCGGGCUGUUAAUUGUCAGAUUAUACAGGUUGCAGAUGGAACAUUUAUAGAAGAACCUGGCUCUGGUGCUGUAGCUAUUAUUGAAGAUAAAAGGGUUUCUGUUGGAACUUUGGACUGGGUCCAACGGCAUGGAGUCAAUGAGAAUCCAUUUGAAGAAGUUGAGGCCCAUAAGAGUCAAUCUGUUGUGUAUGUUGCCAUUGAUAGUACUCUUGCUGGUCUUAUUUAUUUUGAGGAUCAGAUAAGAGAUGAUGCUGAACAAGUUGUUAAAUCCUUAUCUAGCCAAGGGAUUUCUGUAUACAUGCUAUCUGGGGACAAAACAGAAAACGCAGAGUACGUUGCAUCUGUAGUUGGUAUUCCAAAAGAGAAGGUAAUAUCUGGUGUUAAACCAAGGGAAAAGAAGAAGUUCAUAACUGAACUUCAAAAUGAUCAAAAUAUUGUUGCCAUGGUUGGUGAUGGAAUCAAUGAUGCUGCAGCCUUAGCUUCAUCCCAUGUUGGGAUUGCCAUGGGUGGUGGUGUUGGAGCUGCUAGUGAGGCCUCCUCUAUUGUUCUAUUGGGCAAUAGACUUUCACAGUUGGUUGAUGCUUUGGAGUUGAGCAGGCUAACUAUGGAGACUGUGAAGCAAAAUCUUUGGUGGGCUUUUGCAUACAACAUUGUUGGGCUUCCAAUUGCUGCUGGAGUAUUACUGCCUGUAACUGGGACCAUGCUGACUCCGUCAAUUGCUGGAGCUCUCAUGGGCUUGAGUUCUGUAGGGGUUAUGGCAAAUUCGUUGUUCCUAAGAUACAAGUUUUCAUUAAAGCAGGAACGAAGAUAUAAAAGAUCAGCAGGCACUAAAACUAACAGAGUUUCAAAUAUUAUCAUGGACAAGCGUGUGGGGGAAAAGCAUCCCAAUUCUGAUGAAAGAUGGAAAGGAGCAUGAUUUUACCAAUAGAAAGGAAAUGUCUCUUGAACUAACUAUAGAUGGAGAGGAGCUGAUAAGUUACAUACAGAAACCAACAUAUCACUGCAGAAUAGGAUGGAGGUAAUAUUCCUGCGCAGAAUCUUCCACAGUGAGUGGCAAGUUAUCUAGCUUAUGUUUUAGGUAAGCGUUGGUGUACUUGGUAAUAAUUAUUCGAGAUUCUCCAUUUGUGUCAUAGUUGGAUUAUAAUCAUUUAUCUGGCACAAAAGGGCAAUGGGUGUGAUUCAUUUAUUCUUGGUAGUGUUGAACUUGAACUUGUUCUUGAUUGGCUGGGCCUGGGAUUUGAUUUUUGUCUCCGAUUCUUGCCAAAUGAAGACUGCUAGUUUCUGGAUUGAGUA